UUUGUCAACAUCAGCGACACGAGAGAUUCUGUUCCUUCAAAAAAAUAGAGUUGCCCGGUAUCCUCCCGGAAUUUGAUUGCGGGUGUUGGGAAGUGGCUUCUUUCGGGACCUGGGGCAGCUGGUUUUAGAAGCCCGUCGGAGUGCGAAUGAUUUGUUUGGUCGCUAAAGUUGGGCGAUGAUUACCGGAGACUGCAUCGGUCUAGUUUUCUCCUCGCGAGAAAAGGACUGGCCGGAGCCGAAACCGAAGAAGUGGCCUUCAUACUGCUCUAUACGACCAGCUAAACCUGAUAAAAAAGGAGGCCGUGCUGCAUCAACUCCUAGUGAAUAUCUGUACCGUCAUCCGACCGCUCAUGUUCCCUACAGCACCUGUGGGCGAGGUCAAUUUCAACCUGGAACGCUCUAUUUGUGUCCUCCCCUGUCAUUCUUCGUCGCCCUUUUUGAGAAGAAUAUAAAGCUGCCCUGCCGGAAGUGGAACCAUCAGAAGCAGCCGCUGAAGGACCCAAGGCGAAGUAAAAAUAUGCGAUACGGAACCACCCCAAAAGAACCUUCAACCCGCUCAUCCUCCUGACCUGUAAGGCGAAAAAAAAAGAACAAAACCAAGUUCAUCAACCUGGGAGUCAAAACUGUCGCUCGAUGUGAUAACUGCAAAAUGGUGUGUGACUUCCGCCUGGCUCAGUAGGGUCUCGAGAGCCUCAACGGAUUUACCGGCGUGGGGUUUGCACUCCUUCAUAUUCCUAUGCGUGUCCUCGUCCAGCCCUUCGAUUUUCGAUGGCUUCUUCGAAUCGUUGUUGGGCAGCAGCUUGAUCAGGUCAUUCUUGAUGAUGUGCGCCCAUAGCUCCACGCCGGUAAAUCCGUUGCCAGGCAGAUG